CUCAAGAAAAUGCUACGCACAAUCUCAACGCUUUUCCUGGACCCCCCACCACCACUACCACCCGGCGUGGUGAUCAACACCAUCGAUAAUGUCCUUAUUCCACUGUCAGAGGCGCAUUUACACAGUCAUUCUUACCGGUCAAGACUCACUUCCACGGAUGACACCGUUGAGGAUACCCCAAAAGAUGAUGAUGAUAACAAUGAUGAUGAUGAUGACCUAGAGGGUGGUGGUGAUCGUGAUGAAGGAACAGGCAUGUUACUCCGACGAAGCAGCUCUUCUGGGGAACUACUGGGCAUGACGGCUGCUGAGAGGGAGUACACGAUUGGGAGCUUGAGACGUGAGGUCAGGGCUGGUGGUGGGAAAAGGACGGCAGCUGGGAGGGGGGAAUAUGAGAUGAAAUCUAGGCUGGUGAACAAAGCUAUACAGGACAUCGGGAUGGGGAGGUACAACUGGCAGUUGUUUGUGCUCUGUGGGUUUGGGUGGUUUGCUGACAAUUUAUGGAUGCAGGGGAUCGCCCUCACCCUCCCCUCCCUCUCUGCCGAGUUUGGUGUUUCUGAAGCCGACAUCCGGUACACCACCUCCUCCCUCUUCAUCGGCCUCUGCCUAGGCAGCUUCGUCUGGGGGAUUGGGUCCGACAUCAUCGGCCGCCGCAUCGCCUUCAACGCCACGCUUCUCAUCACCUCCCUCUUUGGCAUCGCCUCGGCCUGGGCACCGACCUGGCCGGCCGUCUGCUUGACGUAUGCGGCCCUCGGUUUCGGGGUAGGGGGUAACCUCCCUGUCGACGGCGCAUUAUUUCUCGAAUUCCUCCCCGACGCCUCAAGCUCGCUGUUGACCCUGCUGUCGGUCUGGUGGCCAAUAGGCCAGCUAUUCUCCUCGAUAGCCGCCUGGUUUUUUAUUGCUCACUGGCCUGUCGACGAGGGGUGGCGGUGCUUUGUUUUUAGCAUCGGGGUCAUCACCUUUGGCAUGUUUGUCACGAGAUUCUUCAUUUUCGACCUGUUGGAAUCACCCAAGUUUUUGCUCUCUCAGGGGAGACAAGAGGAGGCGGUGAAGGUGGUGCAUGGGAUUGCGUUUCGGAAUGGAAGGAAGACGUGGUUGACGGAGGAGCUUUUGGAUGUUGUUGCUGAUGACGGCCACCGCGGGUCAACCGGCCAUCUUCGCCAACCACGCCGGCUGUCAACGCUCGCGAUAGUCAGAUCCCACCUCCUCUCUACCUCCCGUCUCAAACCAUUGUUUGCAACCCGCCGCUUGGGCGCAACGACAUGCCUGAUCUGGCUCACCUGGGCGACGAUAGGAAUGGGAUACCCGUUGUUUAAUGCGUUUUUACCGCAGUAUCUAUCCCACUCUUCACCGGACUCAUCAUCAUCAUCAUCAUCAUCAUCAGUGUACACAUCCAUAAUCCUCUACUCCCUCACCGGCAUCCCGGGGUCUGUACUGGCUUACCACCUCGUUGACUCCCCUCUCCCGUUCCUCGGUGGACGGAAAGGGACACUGGCGACCUCAACGCUCGUGUCGGCAGUGGGUCUGUUCGCGUUUGUUCGGUGGGGGAGAAACGAGGUGUUAAGGGUGGUGUUUAGCUGCGUGGAGGCUUUUAGUCAGAAUAUCAUGUAUGGGGUGCUGUAUGCGUACACCCCGGAGAUAUUCCCCGCGCCGGUGAGGGGGUCGGCGGUGGGGGUGGCUAGUUUUUUGAAUAGGGUCAUGGGCUUGCUGGCGCCGGUUGUGGCGGCGAGGAUGGGGAGUGACGGAGAGAAAGGGAAUGACGGGCCGGUGAUGGUGGCGGGGGUUUUGAUACUGGCUGCUUUUGGGGCCGUGGUUGGGUUGAGGGUUGAGACUAGGGGUGGUCAGAGGCUGUGA